AUGUCAGAGGUCGUGGAACUGGGAGGCCCAAGGAGCCAGAAGGUUGUGGAAGGCCCAAGAGGAUGCGUGAGGGUCGAGGAGUUGGGAGGCUCAAGAGUUUUCUGUUUGGAACCACUUCAAUUUCACAUCAGGGAGACCGUUAUAACACAUCAAGGAGACCGUUGCCGACGGAAGAAAAGGGCCCUCUCACGCAGACUGCUCGCAAGCCGCUCCUCCAUCAAUCAGUCGACAAUCGGAGCCGUCAAGAAGCUGAUGGGCGCCGAAUUCUCCUCCAUCCUUCUCCGACGCUUCGACUCCUCCAAAUGCAAAGCUGAGGCGAGGAUGGCGAUAGCUAGGAUCAAGCUUCUUCGGAACAAGCGCGAGGCGCAGGUGCGGCAGAUGCGGCGUGAUGUUGCCCUUCUCCUCGAGUCCGGCCGUGACGAGACCGCUCGAAUCAGAGUUGAGCAUGUGAUACGAGAACAAAAUGUCAUGGCAGCUAAUGACAUCAUUGAACUUUUCUGCGAGCUAAUAGUUGCUCGCCUACCUAUCAUCGCUAAACAAAGGGAUUGCCCGCAAGAUCUAAAAGAAGGAAUUUCAAGUUUGAUCUAUGCUUCUCCAAGGUGCUCAGACAUUCCAGAGCUUAGCCGAAUUCUUCUUAUCUUUGAAAAGAAGUAUGGAAAAGCUUUUGUAUCUGCUGCGACUGAAUUGCGACCUAAAUCUGAAGUUAAUUGCUUGUUAAUAGAGAAGUUAUCAGUGAGGAAACCUAUUGGUGAAGUUAAGCUGAAAGUCUUGAAGGAAAUAGCUAAGGAGUAUCAGGUUAAGUGGGAUUCAACAGAAUUAGAGCAGGAGCUUCUUGUACCUCCAGAGAGAGUUAUAGAAGGACCACGAGCAUUUGCAGACGUCAAAAAUGUUUCUGUUAAACCAAUAUUUCUUAAACAACCAAAGGAUUUUAACAGAAAAGAAUUGCAAUUCAAGGACCCUGUCUCAGCUGCUCGAGCCUCUUCAGAGUCUGCCGAAAAAGCAAUUGACGGUGAACAAGCAGCAAGCCAUGUUGCCAAUCAGAAUUCUCAUCCAUUUGAUCAGCCGACCCCUGUGGAUACCUUGGUAUGCAAAUGCAAUAAAUUUAAUCAGGUUGCGUUUCAAAAAGAGCAGGAACUAGACCAUCUAUCAGGGACACAUGCUCCUUCAAAUUAUGAGGCCAAGACCCUGGAGAAGAGGCCCUUCAGUUCUCAGAGUUUCAGUUUAUCAAACACUUUGGAUGAUGACAGCAUAGAUAGUGCCGACCUGAAUGAAAAAAAGAUACUAAGAAGGAACAGUUGCAUCUCUCGGACUGUUUAUUCGGAUAUAAAAUUUGAUGACUCAGACGGUCAUGAAUCAGAGAAUGGUGAACAGGAGUCGCCUCCUUCUCCAAAUAGACCUCCUCCAGUCUUGCCUUCGCAACAGAUGAAUUCACUUACUCAUGUUCAUCCAAACUUGUCUGAUUAUGCAGCACUGACUGCUCGCUUUGAAGCACUAAAGUCUCAUAGGAUGUGACUUAAAACUGGUGAAUGGUCAGCAUAUCCAAGUCAAACUGUCACAUGCAUUUUAUUGCGCAUAUAUCAUAUUUGAGUUCUUUUUGCCAUAUUUGAGUUAAAACUGGUGGUAUUCAUGAUUAACCUUCAAUUAUCAGUUAAUUGUAAACUUGAUCAUAACAAUCUCGAUAAGAUUUAGACCAUUAUGUGUUAUAAA